AUGGGCAGCGUCGACACCUCCCUCCACAAACACACCUCCGGCCGGGCCGCCAAAUUCGCCUCCUCCCACGAAUCUCCCCACCCUCUGAUCCUGUAUGGCGGGUGGUUCUGCCCCUUCGUGCAACGCUCGUGGAUCACACUGCACGAGAAGCGCAUCCCCCACCAAUACUUCGAGAUCAACCCGUACCACAAGGAUCCGGAGUUCCUGAAGCUCAACCCUCGAGGAUUGGUGCCCACGCUGGCGGUGCCUAUGGACCGCCAGGGCAACAAGCAGAAGCCGUUGUACGAGAGCCAGGUCAUCUGCGAGUACUUGGACGAGGUGUACGACGACGAGGCGCAGCACGGGCGCGACCUCCUCCCGCGGGGCAAGGAGGACGCGUAUCUGCGGGCCAAGUGCCGGAUCUGGAUCGAUCACAUCUCCACGCGGAUCAUCCCGGCGUUUUAUCGCUUCAUGCAGCAUACCGAGGACAAGGCUUACUCGUUGGAUGAGGCACGGCAGGAGUUUCUGGGCCAUAUCAAGACUUUUGUCGAGGCCCUCGAUCCGCAGGGGCCAUUCUUCCUGGGCGAGCGGUUCAGUAUGGUGGAUAUCAUGCUAGCGCCGUGGCUGUGCAGGAUGUUCUUGUUCGACGUGUAUAAAGGUGGCGUUGGCAUCCCUGAGGAAGGCCAGGCUGGUAAGGACGAGGAGGUCUGGAAGAGGUGGAGUAAGUGGGCGAAAGCGGUGGGAGAGCGAGAAAGCGUUCAAGAUACUCUGAGCGACAGGGACCAGUACAUUGAUGCCUACCGAAGAUAUGCAGAAGACAAGACGCAGUCCCAGGUGGGGCAAGCAACGAGAUCAGGCCGGGGUCUACCAUGA